GAGCGGCCUCUCGCGAGCGUGCGCUCCUCGCCGUCGCCCUGCUCCGAGGACGUGACGAUCCAGCCGUUCCGUGCCGACAGCCCGGCCAGCGAGAUUGCCAAUAACUUGGCGAUGGGCGCGAUCUCGGCGGCCAUCCUGUCAGACCUUGGGGAGCAGGCGGAUACUGAAGGGGUCGUCGUCGAGAUCAGCGAGGCCGAUGCAGAUGACGAGGCGCCCCUGGCCGAGGAGAUCCGGGCCCUGAUCAGCUCGCCAGGGGACAGCCUGCUGCACUCCAGCCUGGGCAGCUUUCCAGAGACCGUGAACAGCCAGGGGCGCUCCGUGCUGGAAUCCGACUCGGUCGCGCAGGACCUGCUCGAGCCUCCAGACAGCCCACGGCACACCGGCCAGCUCAGCAGCGCGGUCACGCUUGGGAGUGAGGAGACCUCCGCGCUGGAGGGCGAUGAGGCUAUUCAGGAACGCCUGGCUGCUAUGAUCCAGGACAGCGUGGCCGCAUCCGACUCCCCGCACCACGAGUUGCCAGGGCGCCCAGACAGUGUUAUGGGAAGCCAUGAGGAUUCCGUGCGGGGAUGUGAGGCAGGCAGCGUCGCCAUGGAUUCGGAGGCUGGCCCCGCUGCCGAGGCGGCGUCGCUGACCGCCGCCUUGGCGGACGCGGUGUUCUGA